AUGGGAAACCACACCAGAUAUGAAGACUUCAUCCUCUUGGGCUUUCUGAUUGGGCGUAAAGCAGAGAUUCUAUUGGCAAUGGUUCUCAUAGCUGUGUACACCUUGACAUUAUUUGGUAAUGUGACCAUUCUGUUCAUUACUUCCACCAACAGCCGCCUCCAGACACCCAUGUACUUCUUCCUUGGCAACCUCUCCAUACUGGACCUUGCUUUCUCAACGGUGACUGUUCCCAGUUUGCUAAAGAGUCUUGUGUCUGGAGUCAAGACUAUCUCCUUCACUGGCUGCAUGGCCCAGUCCUACUUCUACUUCUUCUUGGCUACUGUGGAGUACUUCCUCUUGACCUCCAUGUCCUAUGACCGAUAUGUGGCUAUUUGCAACCCAUUACGCUAUCCCAUUAUCAUGAACGGCCGUUGCUGUGUCCAAAUGGUGUUGGCUUGCUGGCUGGGUGGUUUUGUCUCUGUCCUCUAUCCAACUAUCACAAUUACCAGGUUCUCUUAUUGCAAGUCCAAUGUCAUUGACCACUUCUUCUGUGAUAGUGAGCCCCUGCUGAAGAUAUCCUGCACAGACACAGGCUUGAUACAGAUCAUCACUUUCAUUCUGUCAUCAGUUGUUAUUCUUUGCUCUUUAGUCCUCACUGUGAUCUCCUAUGCUUACAUAGCCUCUGCCAUAUUGGUUAUACCCACUGACACUGGGCGGAAGAAGGCCUUCAACACAUGUGCAUCACAUCUCACUUUGUUCCUAAUGGCCACUAGUGUCUCCAUCUUGCUGUAUGUGAUUCCAUCUAAGAAAUCCACUUUGGGAGCCCGCAAAGUCCCAGCACUACUCAGUAGCAUAAUCAACCCAUUUCUGAGUCCCUUUGUCUACACGCUGAGAAAUGAUUUGGUCAAAAGCGUUCUGCAAGAGAUUUUUGGUCAGGGCAAAGCAAUCAUAGCUCAGCAGCUGCAGAACCGUGCUUAA